GCUGCUGCCGAGCGCCGGAGUAAUAUGCUCACUCGAGUGAAAGCUGCCGUGGCCAAUUUCAUGGGCGGCAUCAUGGCUGGCAGCUCAGGCUCCGAGCACGGCGGUGGCGGCUGCGGAGGCUCGGACCUGCCCCUGCGCUUCCCCUACGGGCGGCCCGAAUUCCUGGGGCUGUCUCAGGACGAGGUGGAGUGCAGCGCCGACCACAUCGCUCGCCCCAUCCUCAUCCUCAAGGAGACCCGGCGGCUGCCUUGGGCCACUGGCUACGCAGAGGUUAUCAAUGCCGGGAAGAGCACCCACAAUGAAGACCAAGCCAGCUGUGAGGUGCUUGCUGUGAAGAAGAAAGCAGGGGCUGUCGCCUCAACCCCAAACAGGAACUCGUCCAAGAGAAGGUCCUCUCUUCCCAAUGGAGAAGGGCUGCAGCUAAAGGAGAAUUCGACCAAAGAAAACCGAGGCGCCUGUGCGGAGCUGCCGCUGGGUCGUGGCCACACCGGGUUCUCACUCCUUCCUGUCGCCCUCUCUCGCCAGGAAUCGGAAGGGGUUUCCUGCCACUACUGGUCGCUGUUUGACGGCCACGCGGGGUCCGGCGCGGCCGUGGUCGCCUCCCGACUGCUGCAGCACCACAUCAGGGAGCAGCUGCAGGACAUCGUGGAGAUCCUGAAGAACUCUGCCGUCCUGCCCCCGGCCUGCCUGGGAGAAGAGCCUGAGCACACGCCUGCCAACAGCCGGACUCUCACCCGCGCCGCCUCCCUGCGAGGAGGAGUGGGCGCCCCCGGCUCCCCCGGCACCCCGCCCACACGCUUCUUCACGGAGAAGAAGAUUCCACACGAGUGCCUAGUUAUCGGGGCCCUAGAAAGUGCGUUCAAGGAAAUGGACCUACAGAUAGAACGAGAGCGGAGUUCAUAUAAUAUAUCUGGUGGCUGCACAGCCCUCAUUGUGAUAUGCCUUUUGGGGAAGCUGUAUGUGGCCAACGCUGGGGAUAGCAGGGCCAUAAUCAUCAGAAAUGGAGAAAUCAUCCCCAUGUCUUCGGAAUUCACGCCCGAGACGGAACGUCAGCGGCUUCAGUACCUGGCAUUCAUGCAGCCUCACUUGCUGGGAAAUGAGUUCACACAUUUGGAGUUUCCAAGGAGAGUACAGAGAAAGGAACUCGGAAAGAAGAUGCUCUACAGGGACUUUAAUAUGACAGGCUGGGCAUACAAAACCAUUGAGGAUGAUGACUUGAAGUUUCCCCUCAUAUAUGGAGAAGGCAAGAAGGCCCGAGUAAUGGCAACUAUUGGAGUGACCAGGGGACUUGGGGACCAUGACCUGAAGGUGCAUGACUCCAAUAUCUACAUAAAACCAUUCCUGUCUUCAGCUCCAGAGGUAAGAAUCUACGAUCUCUCCAAAUAUGAGCAUGGAGCAGAUGAUGUGCUGAUCUUGGCCACUGAUGGACUCUGGGAUGUUUUAUCAAAUGAAGAAGUGGCAGAAGCAAUCACUCAGUUUCUUCCUAACUGUGAUCCUGAUGACCGUCACAGGUACACACUGGCAGCUCAGGACCUGGUGAUGCGUGCCCGGGGCGUCCUGAAGGACAGAGGAUGGCGGAUAUCGAAUGACCGACUGGGCUCUGGGGACGACAUUUCUGUCUAUGUCAUUCCUCUAAUACAUGGAAACAAACUGUCAUGAAAACAGCCCAGGGGAUUGGGAGGAUUGAGGGGAAGAAAUCUGGGAUGCCUCCGUGUGGGGCGGGACAGGGCAGUGCUCCGGCCGAGUUCUAGGUGAUGCAGUCUUCCCCCAGCCCAGCCUGGACUGGUGGGGGGCUCGCCGCCCGAAGUCCUCUGGCUGUGUUUCCAGAUGAUCCUUAGGUUUCAGUUUCCUCUUUAGUAACCCAGGUCUGGAUACUCAACAAAAGCAAAACACAAAGGCUGCUAUUCCGUGUUCUGUUUCUUUUGGUUCCUCAUAGGCCUCCUAGGUGGCCAUCUGCCUAUCUGGGGCACGUACAUCAUAUUUAUUUCAUCUAGAGUAGCUGGGGCAGCCGUUUUCAGGUGUAACCGGCCGAGGACUCUUCAGCCUGUCAAGCUGCCGACUUCUCUAAGGGGUAAAAGUGCCGUGUUGGAAAGUUGGGGGCGAUGCCUUAGAAAGUGUAAGCACCCACCCUCUAGUAAGCCUGAAAUUUAUUUCAGGAAACACUUCUUUCUUUCUCUCUCUCCUCUCUCUCUGAUGACAGUAGUCUGAGGCAGGGAUUUUUCUCUUUUUUUGACAUUCCUUAAGUCUUUAUUUUUUUUCCCCCUUUCAUAGAACAGGUCUGGGACUUUCCAGCUCCUCUCUGAGGAAUUUGUGUGUCAAAGCCCAAGCCAGGCCAUCCCCAUAGCCUCCGCCCCAUACCACCCAGGCAGCCAUCUGGAGCAUGGCAGAGGGCCGUCUUUGUUGUGUAACUGAAUUUGUUUACUAGGUUGCAUUUUCUUACCAAAUCAGUGUGUUUUCAUGAAAAUUUGGGUGUUUCUUUGGACCAUCAGUUCCUCUGUUGUCUCGGUCCCCCUUGUUGUGGCUUUAGGCUUCUGAGAGUCUAGUUUUCAUUUCUGGAAUGGUCAACCACCCCCUACUCGCUAGGCCGUGGGGGAACGAGCUAAGCAGUGUUUAAUCGGGCAGAUGUUAGGGAGAUUCAUUGUGUUGGUCAGUUCACCAAACCUCAUUUGAGGACUGUUCCCCAUUCUUUAUCCAGGUCCCAUGGGAUGUGACCGUCCCUACACCCACUCCAAACAAACUGUAAGUAUCAAAGAUCUGUCACACAGUAGCAGUUCCACUUUCCCCAUCAUCUUAGAGCAAGGCCUACUGAGGAUGGCCUUUUAAUAGAAGUAAAUUUGAGUUUGGUUGACUGGUCAUUCUCAUGCUUCAUGCUGUGAUCUCUGUUCGUUCUCCAAAGAAUCAUGCCCUUGCUACCCACUAACUGAGAUGCCCACUCUCACUGUAGCUCUACUUCUGAGUGUUCCUCACAAAGAGAAGCAGCAGCAGAAACAGCGGACACCAUUGUCUUCAUGCUGCUUCUCUGCCAGGAGGAAUCACAAAACAGAUUUUUUAAAAUAACGUCCAUCUCUUGGACAGACUACUGCUCAGCAUUGAAGGACCUUGUGAGAGCAAUGUUCAAUUAGUAAGUCUUCUUCCUGCAGACUUACUGUGCUGUCAUCACCAUUUUGACAACUUUGUGUAUUUAAAACAUUCUUCCAACACUAUAAAGAAGAAGGUAAUUGGUGUGAUCCCAAAAAAUGCUGGAGAGCUGAUUCCAGCUCUCAUGUUUGUUUGAAUUCCUUCUCCAAUAGAGAGAAUAAGAACUCUUCCUCAAGGGUACAAAAUCACCUGCAUUCCUGGAAUUGUAGAUAUUUUCUUAGCAAAGGCCUGGAGCCUUCCUACUCAGGAAUGAAUGCAUUCACAAUAUGGAAACAGUGGCUUGUCAGGCAUGUGAAGUACUUUGGGACUUUAUCACCAGGUAUUUGCUAAAAUGUUGCCUAGGAAGAAUCUGACCACCACCUUCUCAGGAAUUGUCAUCUGUAAGAUUUCACCCCCCUUCCGCAGAUCUUAGUCACUCCAAAUGUCUCUUUGGGGAGAAGUUUGUAGUAAACCAUUUGCUUCCCUGGCAGAAUAUGAUACUUUGGGAAUACAUUCAGGCAGCAUGCAACAGUGUGGCUCACUUUCUUUUCCUGCCCCAACUCCCAAAGUCAUGGACAGAUUGGAAACUUAAGGAGGACUCUGGCCAUCUUUGGGAAGCUGCCCUCAUAAGCAAUCACCUCCUCCCCAGUUCCCAUUGCCUUCAUUUCUUUCUGUUCCUAGACCUCUAUCUGGACCUGACCUUGAGCUUCUCUAGUUUUAUUCAUGUCACUUGAGUGUAGAUAUCAUGACAACCAUCUACUCAAUUCACUAAUUCAUCUGCCACCAAGGCAUGUCUCAGGCAAAACUCUGGAACAUCCUUAUUCAAUUUACCCUAAAGUCUUGAGCAUUUAGUCCUACUGGUCUUAGAAAUGUAUCCAGAUUCUUCUUAUAAGCCAUAGGAAAAUAAGCCCGCUUGGGUAGAAAGAUCCUAAUACCAAGUUCAAGCCAUGUUUUUGUUUGGGGAAUGGGAAGACGACUAUCCAAGUGGAAAAAUGAUUUGUUAAUGCCCACAGCAGAUCUGCAGCACUGAUAUUGCUCUGCAAAUUGAACUUACUCUUUGUUGGCCUUAUUUUUCACCCAGGCCCCAAGUUACCCCGUCCUAGAGCUGUAACUAUGUUUACAUAAUGGGAUGGCCCUUGGAACCUUCCUGGAAAAAUCAAAAGGCAACACACUCAAAAUUCUGCAAAAGAUAUUUACACAUGGUUCUGAAAUCGUGUCUAUGACUUAUAGCCAAAUCUGCCUGCUCUAACAGCCUCAGAGGAAGUCUCGUUUGACAAAAAGCUUUCGAUUUCCUUGUCAAUUCUUUAUGUUUAUUGGGGGGUGGGGUGGGGGGCGUGGCCAGUUCCUUUAAUGAGAACGUCUUUCAGUUCUAUAUCCCUUUGUUGGGCUGGCCGCUACUCUUCAGACUGUUUCAGACACUCUUCUUCAAAGAGGCAACUCAUACACCACCAUACUCUGCAGUGUUUUCCUAGACAGCAACCAAAGCUUUGUUUCUGUAACAUCUGAAAUCAGUGGUGUUGGCAGUUGGAGAGAUAGACAGUAUGUUCUGCUGUGGUUCUGCCUAGCUACCUGCUGGGUGUGGGGAAUCUGAGGUGUUUAAUUUUUUAAUUCUUAGCAAUUUACCAUCAUGGGGCUGUGUGAAGUUGGGAGGGGCCGCCUCGUUCAUCUUCUCUCUAAGUGUUCAUUUACUUCUUGGAAAGCAUCACGGCCAUGAGUGGAUAUCAGGCAGGAAUGACAGUCCCAUUACCCAGAUUUGGCCUCAGACCUUAGCCAUUCGGGCAGGGUUUUCAGCUUACCAAGAGCACUAGUGCAGAAACAGUCUGGGAAACAAUCGCCAACGCCUUUGAAGUUCUGAUUCUCUUCUUGAUCUCACGUCUCUCGCCUCCUGCCUCAUUUGCCAAUCAAUUUUAUUUAUAUGGUUACAUGUGGUCCAGGGCUUGCUUUCCACCACAGUUUGAGGGUCUAACCUUGUUCCUUAAGUGACCCAGCAGCUCUAUGUUAAACUUUCAUGAGUUUCUAUUUUUAGGAAGUUAGUUCUUCUGGGACAUUUGGGGAGAGCAGUGAGAGUUAUUGUCUAUGCAAAGAAUAACCAGGCAGACCCUACAAGUUAUAAGAUUCUAUCUCUGGCCACAGGAUAGAAGUUUAUGUUAGGAAUUUGGAUUUUUGAGGAAAUGUGUUGCAGCCUGAACUCUGUAGCCCACCUCUCUGAGCAUUCUUUGACUUUGUGUGGGCCAUGUGGCAAAUGUGCAUACACUGGAUUUUUCAAAGAACACUACACAAGCAGCCCAACUUUCCUCUUCUGGGAGCACUGUGACUCUGUCCGAUUUGAGUGCCAGUCGGGGAAGUGCUGCUGCUUUCAGUCCACAAUUUUAUCUGUGUAAAUAGCUUUAAUUUUUUCCCUCUAUGUCUUAAAUGAAGUUGUGUUCAUGUUGCAACCAGGUAGACAGUGACCAAAUGAGACUGUAAAUGUGCUAUUGUUUUCUACUGUGAUGUACUUGAAGGAGGAGAACUUUGUGUUCUUCACUCUCCAAUCUUCCAUGAAUAUUUUGUGUUUGUUUUGGGAGUCCUGAGGUUACUCUUGUUCUCUUAUUUUGCCUCCUUUUCCUUUGUCUCUUCCGGAGACCCAGAGAGGCCAUGGUGGAGAUCAUUUUUAAGGAAUGUACCGUGUUUCCACUGGGUUCCAAAAAUAUCCUAUGUAAAGUGAAUGAGAGGAAUCUGCCUGGAAAUGGUUUCAGAACUAUGUACCUUUAUGCUUUGUGAUUGUGCAACAUUGACUUUUGUAACCAAAAAUGAAAAUUGUUUUAGUAAAGGGGAUUUCUUUUGUGUGUGUUUGAAACUUAGGUGCAUUAUUCCAUGGAAAAGCUAAAGAGAUGUAUAUGCUCAAUGACACUUUAAAAUAAAAUAUUAUAUAUAUGUAUAU